ACCUCCUCCUGCUCCUCCCCCUCUGCUGCCACCACUACCCUCCCAAGCUAUGGCUGCAGAAAAGAUCUUGGAGACCCUGGAUCACUAUAAAUCGGAGAUUGAGCGGCUGACCAAAGAGCUGACAGAGACUACCCAUGAAAAGAUCCAGGCGGCUGAAUACGGGCUGGUGGUCUUGGAAGAGAAGCUGACCCUUAAACAGCAGUACGAUGAGCUGGAAACGGAAUAUGAUGUCCUCAAACAGGAGCUGGAGCAGCUGAGAGAGGCAUUUGGACACUCAUUCUCAGUCCACCGUAAAGUAGCUGAAGAUGGUGAGACCAGGGAAGAGACACUCCUUCAGGAGUCGGCAUCAAAGGAAGCUUACUACCUUGGGAAGAUUUUGGAAAUGCAGAACGAGCUGAAGCAAAGUAGAACUGUGGUUACCAACGUUCAAGCAGAGAAUGAACGACUGACAGCAAUUUUGCAGGACUUGAAAGAGAACAACGAAAUGGCAGAGCUGCAGAGAAUUAGGAUGAAAGAUGAAAUCCGAGAGUAUAAAUUCAGGGAGGCACGGCUUCUUCAGGAUUACACUGAACUUGAAGAAGAAAACAUUACUUUGCAAAAGUUGGUUUCCACACUGAAGCAGAAUCAGGUUGAAUAUGAAGGCUUGAAACAUGAGAUAAAACGAUUUGAAGAAGAAACGGUGUUGCUUAAUAGUCAGCUAGAAGACGCCAUUCGGUUGAAGGAGAUUGCAGAACAUCAGCUAGAAGAAGCCUUGGAAACAUUAAAGAAUGAAAGGGAGCAGAAGAACAAUCUGAGGAAGGAACUGUCUCAGUAUAUCAAUUUAAAUGAUAGCAUGUACAAUAAUCACAUUAAUAUCUCAGUAGAUGGAUUAAAGUUUGGAGAAGAUGGGAAUGAACCUAAUAACGAUGACAAGAUGAAUGGACACAUUCAUGGACCUCACAUGAAGCUGAAUGGGGAUUUUCGGACGCCCAGCGUCAGGAAAGGAGAAUCGUUGCACCCGGUCUCUGAUCUCUUCAGUGAGCUGAACAUCUCUGAAAUGCAGAAACUGAAGCAGCAGCUCAUGCAGGUGGAGCGUGAGAAAGCUAUUCUGCUGGCUAAUCUUCAGGAAUCUCAGACCCAGCUGGAGCACACCAAAGGGGCCCUCACUGAGCAGCACGAACGAGUCCAUAGGCUCACUGAACACGUCAACGCAAUGAGGGGUCUGCAAAGCCACAAAGAGUUGAAAGAAGUCGAUUUUGAAAAAGGCCGAGAUUCUGGGGAAGAAACCCAUGAUUAUGAAGUGGACAUCAAUGGCUUGGAGAUCCUAGAGUGUAAAUACAAAGUAGCUGUUACCGAGGUGAUUGACCUCAAAGCUGAAAUCAAAGCCUUAAAAGAGAAGUACAAUAAAUGUGUUGAAAACUACACUGAGGAAAAGGACAAGUACGAGAGCAAGAUCCAAAUCUACGACGAGCAGGUCUCCAGCUUGGAAAAGUCAACGAAGGAAAGCCAUGAGAAAAUGGUACAGAUGGAGAAGGAGCUGCAAAGGAUUACAGGGGUUGCCAACGAGAACCAUAAUACCCUCAAUGCCGCCCAAGAUGAGCUGGUGACUUUCAGUGAAGAGCUGGCUCAGCUCUAUCAUCAUGUCUGUCUCUGUAACAAUGAGACGCCUAAUAGGGUUAUGCUGGAUUACUACAGGCAAAGUCGAGUUACUAGAAGUGGGAGCUUAAAGGGACCUGAUGAUCCAAGAGGACUCCUUUCUCCACGCCUUGCCAGGAGAGGAACGGUACUCCCCGUAGAAGUCAGAGUGCCAACAGAACAGGGUUCAAAAGAGAGCACAGAAGCCAAUAAAGAGCCAAGUCCAACAAAGACCCCCACUAUUUCUCCCGUCAUUACAGCCCCUCCUUCUUCCCCGGUUUCUGACACCAGUGACAUUCGGAAAGAGCCCAUGAAUAUUUACAACCUCAAUGCCAUAAUACGGGACCAAAUCAAGCACUUGCAGAAAGCGGUAGACCGGUCACUGCAGCUGUCCCGGCAGCGUGCAGCAGCCCGUGAACUGGCACCCAUGAUUGAUAAGGACAAGGAGGGUUUAAUGGAAGAAAUAAUGAAACUAAAGUCCCUGCUGAGUACAAAACGGGAACAGAUAGCAACCCUCCGGGCAGUGUUGAAAGCCAACAAGCAGACAGCAGAAGUGGCCCUGGCGAACCUGAAGAAUAAAUAUGAGAAUGAGAAAGCCAUGGUAACAGAAACGAUGACUAAACUGCGCAAUGAAUUAAAAGCUUUGAAAGAAGAUGCAGCAACCUUCUCAUCCUUGAGAGCCAUGUUUGCAACCAGAUGUGAUGAGUAUGUCACCCAGUUGGAUGAGAUGCAGAGACAAUUGGCAGCUGCAGAGGAUGAGAAAAAAACCUUAGAUUCUUUGCUGCGGAUGGCUAUCCAGCAAAAACUCGCCCUGACUCAACGCUUGGAAGACUUAGAGUUUGAUCAUGAGCAGUCCCGGCGGAGCAAAGGCAAACUUGGGAAAACCAAGAUCGGCAGCCCUAAAGUAAGUGAGGAGGCAUCAGCCACCGUGUCAACCAUAGACACUUUCCUCCUGCAUAGUCAGGGCCCACAACCACCAAACAUACUGGUCAGCAGUGGCACUCAGAGGAAAAGACAAUUCUCACCUUCCCCUUGUGAUCAGAGCCAUUCCAGGACUUCAGGGACCUAUCUACUGCCUUUAUUAAGAACCCCCCCAGAUCACACCUCCACAGAGUCAUUUCUUCUGAGGGGCCCCAUUUCCAUGAAUGAAUCCUUCCAUGGGCACCGUCUCAGCAAGGAAAAAAGGUUAACCGUAGCCAUCCCAGCAACAAGGAAUUGUCAGCAGCCUGCUGCCUCACUACCGCCACACGGCUCACAACUAACCAGGAGGCAAUGCUGUCAGACUGUCAGUCCUGAUGUAGCUCUUCCAGAAGAACAGCCACAUUCCAGCUCCCAAUAUACCCCUCCUGUCAGCUGUCUACUUAAGCCGCCUCCUUAACAUCGUACUUCAUACGCAACCUAAGAGUUUGGGGAAAAUCUCACCACACGGACUGAAUUUGAGUUCUUACAGCAAAGGAAGAGUUUGUGUCAAGCAUGACUGCCUUGUUGCUGCUGCUGAAUCCAGACACCAUCUACAGUCUUAAACAAAGAAAGGCAUGUGGAAAAGCUUUAAAGCACAGUGCCCAGACUGCUGAAAAUCUUCAAGGUUCCUCUGUGUGCAUCAUCUGAUCAAAACUACACAAUGGAAGUCAGACUUGUUCCUUGCAGUUGUUUGGCUAGGGCUACUGAUGUGCCGGGAACCUAGACUCCUAUUGAAGCAAAGCAAAGAAAGUAUGCUACCAAUCUUAUUUUGCCCAUUCAGCUCAAGCUACUGACUCCAUGUUUCUUUCUGUGGUUUAAAUGGCAUUUUAUUUUUAUUUUUUUUCUGACAUAUUUGUACCAAAAAGUAUGGUUAUUAGAAAUGAUGCGUUGAUGGAUUUCUGCCACUUGUUUUUCUUAAAGUAAUAUGGAGAUAAUUACAUCGAGAUU